GUUUUAUAUACAUUGUAAAUCAACGGGUCCAGGUGAGGACAUUGUAAAAUAGACAAUGGAAACAGUUGAAACAACGGGAACAGUUGAAAGCAACAAGAAAAGACCCAAGAAAUGGUUUGAUCGAAAGAUGAAAAUAUUGGUGUUCAUCGCUGGUUUUGCAGUUGUAGUUGCAUGUCUCGUUUUCCUUGGCUUCUACAUGACGAAAGUGAACGGAGAUUUGGUUGACUCGAUAAGAUCUAAACUGGCGUCCGACAGCGUACAUGCUUCUGGCUUAUCUGGUGGGUUUCCAGCCUCAGUUAUUGGUCAGUCAUCUGCAGGGGACAUUCAGGAAUAUAAUUUUAAUAUAGGAAUGCGCCAAGACUUUCAACUGCAAGAAUGUCAGGGAACGAAUUACAAGAUGUCUUUCCCAGAUAUUGACUACGCAUUAAUGGGCUACAACGUAUUGCGAGGCUACCCUCUAGCAACAGGACAUGACCCCGGAUUCACAUACCCAAUCUUUUCUGCAGACUAUGGAAAGGGAAAGCACACCGCAGAUUGCCGUUUUAGUGUACCGGAGGGUUUGGUUGUUGUUCCUGACGUGUCGUGUGUCACGUCGUUUACGUCAGAGAUUGUUCAAACAAAAUAUGAAUUCGAGAAUGCAUUAUCGUUUUCUGCUAGCGCGAGUGGCGGCGGGUGGGGUGCAAGUUUUUCUGCUAGUGCUGGCUACAAGAAAUCCUCAUCACAAAUGGCAACUGGAGAGUCGGUUUACAUCUUAUCAUCUGCUUAUUGCCAUUAUUACUUCAGCAAGUUAGUGAAGCGUUCGUCUCCUCCAUUCGAACCCGUUUUCCUGAGUUGGAUUGAGAGGCUAAAUAGCACAAAUUUAAAGGACAUUUAUUUAGAAUUCUUUGACACUUAUGGUACACACUUUGCCACCGAAGUCACGUUUGGCGCGAGAUUCACGUACGUACAUAAAAUGUCAUCGGAAGAAUAUGAAACCCAAAGUGUAAAAGGUGUUAAUGUUGCAGCUGAGGCGAGCUACUCUGGUUUGUUUAGUGUGGGAGGUGGAUUUCAAAUGGAUUCUUCACAAAGAGAAGCGGCUGCCGAAUUCUCUAAGUCCGUUGAAACAAAAACUAUAACUGUAGGAGCAGCGCCACCUGCAAACGGCGAUGCAAUGACUUGGGCAUCAACUGUGAAAGAUAGUCCCGUUCCUUCUAAAUACAAACUUUCAUCCAUAGAGGAACUGUUUACCGAAAAGUACAUGAAUCCGACCGAAUUACAUGUCAACCUCGAUCUUAUUUCCCAAAAUAUCAACGCGUAUAAGUACGAGUACUGUAGAUAUCUAAUGUUAAAAGGUGAAGUUGAUUCAUGUGAGUCACUCUCCCCGGGAAUGGUGCUCGAUAAAACAAGACUUGUAAAUCAUUAUUACGCGUGGAAAUUAUCACAUAAAGAGUGUAUCGACCUCUGUUUGAAAGAAAUAAAAUGCAGCGCAAUUACUUACUGCGUCAAAUGUGACAGCUCGAAGGCCAAUUACCACUCAUGUUUCCUUUUUAAUGCCGAGUCGCAAAUCGGAGGUACAAAUGAAGACGAGUGGAACUCUAUAGUUUUCGUUGGUAAAAUGAAUGCGGAACUUGUACUGGAGAACACAGCGGUUAUAGGAACAGAAAGGGGAUUUGAAAGAGAAGAAGAUAAGAAAGCGGAUGCCACCAGGUGUGAUGAACUGUGUGCUGAAGAUGUCCACUGUAUUGUAUAUAGUUAUUGCGAAUGCCCGGAUGUUGAACAAAAAUGCAGACUUUAUAGUUUUGAAAACGUUUUAGGAUUCAAAGUGGAAGCAGGAACAAAGUCUGUCGUCACUGCUUAAAAUGAAAACGAGCCGCACCAUGAGAAAACCAACAUAGUGCAUUUGCGACCAGCAUGGAUCCAGACAUGCCUGCGCAGUCUGGUCAAGAUCCAUGCUGUUCGCUAACGGAUUCUCUUAUUGCAAUAGUCUUUGAAAGCGAACAGCAUUGAUCCUGACCAGACUGCGCAAAUGCACUAUGUUGGUUUUCUCAUGGUGCGGCUCAAAUUAAUAUGAACUUCAAAUUCUAGAACAGCGUUGAUGUGGUUGUGUGAUUUCGUACUAUGAUUACGUUCUUUAUGUUGAUAUUCAUUGUUUGUGUGCACAUUUAUGAUUUGUACUAUUAAAAAAGAAUAUAUGAUAUUUGCCACCAA